UAACCCUGUUUGCUUCGCUCAAAAUCGGAGUCUGUCCAGUGUCACUGUGCGCAGCACAAUCUCUCUCACAGAUACAUAAGCGUUCACUCACACACACUGGUGGUGCCAAUUGGAAGAUCCUCCGCUUGUUCAUUUGAAUCUUGUCCUGUAAAGUUCUUCACUUUGCCUGAAAUUCAUGGUGUUUAUCCAUCGAAGCAUUGUUAAUUCCUCGUUUACGACGUUGAAAUGCAUCCAAAGGGGAAGAUUAUAGCGGCUAUAAGAUUUGCGUUGUCGGGUUCAAGCUGGGCAAGGAAUGUAACAGGCAGGAAUCCUUCGUUUAUAAUUACACCCACAAGGUAUUCGACGAUAUGCCUGAACGAAGUUGAAGGUGAGGCCUUGGAAUGCCUUGACAAUUCGAAUGCAUCGAUUGAAUCGUUUAGAGAAUCGAACAGUCAAAAUGAGGGUGAUCAAGCGCAAGUGAAUCGGAUUAGUUCCGUGGAAGUUCUUAGACGAUGGGGUUGUAGCGAGGACGAGAUAUCGAAGCUUUUAUCGCGUAGGCCGGUUUUGCAGAGAGCUGAUGCUGCCCAGCUAGAUUUUAAACUAAGCAUUCUUGAUCGAUUGGGCAUCACAUCAUCCGACCUGGUCAAGAUUGUAAAUUGUCGUCCGAGGUUCCUUAGCAGCCGUAUUAACCGUUUCUUUGACGAAAGGAUCGACUUUCUCACGACCUUUUUUGGGUCAAAAGAGGAGCUGCGUAAAGCCAUCAUCAGGAACCCGUCUCUCAUGACGUAUGAUCUUUGUGAAAAGAUCAAGCCCGUGAUCGAGCUUUACAAAGGGUUUGGGUUGAGCCGUGGAGAUCUGAUCCAAAUGUUGAUAUCCCGACCCACACUGAUUCCAAGGACAAACUUCAACAGUGAGAAGAUAGAGUACAUCCAUAAAACAGGGGUCAGCAGUGAAUCCAAGAUGUUCAAAUACGUUGUCUCCCUCAUUGGAGUCUCGAGGAUGGAAACGAUCCAAGAGAAAGUUGCAAACUUGGAGAAGUUCGGGUUCUCGGAGGAAGAGGUUUGGCAUAUGAUUGGUAAAUCCCCUCUCAUUCUGACCUUAUCAGUCGAAAAGGUCCAGAGAAACAUGACUUUCAUCGUAGCCUCGAUGAAACUCCCGGCUCACUCCAUCCUUCGGCACCCUUUCCUGCUCUACUGCAACCUGGAAUCUCAUCUAAGGCCUCGAGUGCUUCUCUCGAAGAGAAUUGAGGAAAUGGGACUUCAACCUCAGAUAAAAAGACAGGAAAUUUUUAGAGUGCUACGAAUGAGAGAAAAGCGAUUCUUGAGGGUUUUCGUUAAUUGUCAUCCAGAAGAAGUUGCGGCCGAUUUGAUGGAGUCUUUCAAGGGAUACAAAGCCAUGAAACGAUUGGCAGAGGAAUCCAAGAAGUCCAUGCGUAAAGGAUUUCCCUUCUGAUGUAAUUUUUUUUUUCCGCAUACAAAUUAUUGUUUUCACAGAUCAGGGCAUUAGAGUUUUCUUUGUUCAUUAUGGAUUGUCAUUGGAAACUUCUGUGAAUAUACUAUUUGAUAUUGUGGC